CCGGUCGUUUUGGCGUCCCUACUUAAGGCACCUUCCCCGCCCAAUCGCGCAGGCAGGCCAUCCCCCAUCGACUCCGAACGCUUCCACAACAUCCAUCUCCCUAUCGAUUUCGACGUUUGACCCCUCGUUGGAAGCAUCGGUAUCGCGUCUAAAACGACCUACAAUUACUAUUCACAAUGCCGCCCAAGAAGAGCUCCGCUGCCGCUCCCAAGAAGGGCGCUGCAGUCGCGCCUGCCCAUGGCUCCUACAUUGAUAUGGUCAAAGACGCUAUCAUCAACCUCAAGGACCGCAACGGCUCAAGCCGUCAAGCCAUUCAGAAAUAUGUCCAGGCCAACAACAAGGUUGGUAACCUCAGCGAGACCGCAUUCAGGAACCACGUAAACCGUGCCAUCACUUCUGGCAAGGACAAGGGCGAUUUUGCACAACCCAAGGGUACCUCUGGUCCCGUAAAGCUUGCCAAGAAGGAAGCGAAGCCUGUCGCCGCCACCAAGAAGGCCGAGCCCAAGACUGAGAAGAAGGCUGCUGCACCAAAGAAGACUACCACUACUAAGGCUAAGGCCACUACCAAGAAGGCGGCGCCUAAGAAGGCCACAGCCGCAAAGGCCGCCCCCAAGAAGGCUGCUGCUGCUGCUAAGCCCAAGGCCAACGCCAGCAAGCCCCGCAAGACCGCCGCCCCAGCCCCCGCCGUUAACGAAGAAGUAUCGCGCGUCCUCGGCAAGACCAAGUCCGGUCGCGUCACCAAGACCAAGGCUCCUGCUGCACCAAAGGCGACAAAGAAAGCUGCACCAAAGAAGGCGGCUGCGACGAAAAAGACCACCCCCAAGAAGAAGACGACACCCAAGAAGUCUGCACCAAGGAAGUCAGCAUGAGCGUUCAUUCUUGGGCGUUCUGCUCUUCUUUCCUGUUGAUUUCUUCUCUCAAACUGGCGUCAUGUGGUGGGCGUCGACGCGUCGAUCUUCUUCCGGUCGUCGCUCUGUCGCGCCGCAUGAGCUUGUAUCGUGAUAUCCCUUUUUCUCUCUCUCUACAACUCCGGAGCUAUUUGGUGGGACGCGGGAUGGGCAUGGUACAGGAUAGGAUCGGGUGUUCAUCUCUGUCGGUAUAUCAUGUUGGCUAGGCGUUUGGGCGCGUAUGUCACUGUGGAAUUUCUCUUGUUUACUAGUCGAUUCGGGAUAUUCUUCCCGACAAAGGAGUAAGGGUAGCUACGACGUUAUGCUAUCGUCUCAGACACGAAAAUCAACU